CCACAACUCUCCGCAUUCCCACUUCUCUCUCAACAAACCGAAAAAAAAACCUCCUCCACCCCACCCGCCACCGCCGCCGUCAGCAUGUCGGAGAAAGACUGCAACCACAGCAACAAGGACCACCGGAGAAAGCUCCUACGGCGGUGCUGCGGCGGGCUCCUAAUCUUCAACUUCAUCGUCCUAAUAAUAAUCCUGCUAGUCUGGUCAAUCCUCCAGCCAAGAAAACCAAGAUUCACACUCCAGGACGCCACCAUCUUCAACCUCAACGUCUCCGCCCCGAACGUAAUCUCCACCACCAUCCAGGUCACCGUCAACUCCCACAACCCGAACUCGAAGAUCGGCAUCUACUACGACAGGAUGAACGUCUACGCCAUCUACCACAGCCAGCAGAUCACCUACUACACCGCCAUCCCGCCUGUCUACCAGGGCACCAAGGAGGACAACGUCUGGUCUCCGUUCAUCUACGGUGAUAACGUCCCCGUCGCGCCGUACAACGGCCAGGCACUCGGUGAGGACCAAUCUGACGGCGCCAUCAACAUGCUCAUCAAAAUUAACGGCCGCGUUAAGUGGAAGUGCGGCUCCUUCAUCUCCGGCAGGUACCAUCUGCAUAUCACGUGCCCGGCUUAUAUUCCACUUGGGAAUAGCAAGAACACAGGUAUUGUCGUCGGAAACGCCGUUAAGUAUAAGCUUUCACAGAGCUGCAGUGUCAGCGUUUGAUUGGUGAACGGAUUAACCAAUCAACGUACGUACCGCAUAAUUAAUUAAAUAGGAUGAUUAAAAUGAUAAUGUUUUACUUUGGGUUUUCUUUUGUUUGUUUUUGUUUUUCCAGGUUUUUAAAUUGGUUAUAAUAUUUUAUGGUUGAUCGGAGCAUAUUGUAUGAGCUGAAGAAUUGUACAUUUUGCUGGAAAAUAAGAUUUGAACUACUAUCUUUGUGUAACACUACUUUUAUGAUGCAAUAAUAAUAAUAAUUGUUUCUUGUUUGGAAACUUUAAAUA